GCUUGCAUCUAGUAAGACGAUGGAUGAGCCGCAGCUUUUUUGGGGGCAAAACUGGCCCUGCUCUACAAAGCUAUCGUUGUGUUGUUGGAUAGACAACAAUGAACCGUUUUUUUCCACUACGGAAAGCAAUAUAACCAGAAUGUUAACCAAGUUCAUAAGCAUUCCUGUAAAUGCCUGUAAGGCGGGCUCCCAAUCUAUUGACUGUUUCAGGCUGGGAACCAUUAACAUGAUAGUCGUGGAGACAGCGAUUAAUGACGAGCCCGUCGAGAAGAGGGGCUGCAUGAAUUUCCCAACCUCAAUGUGGUAUGACCCAGAUGGCCAGUACCAGCCCUCCUUUGCAAAAGCGAUCCGUGUGGUGAACCGUACAGUUGCUCCCACUCGCAAAAAAUUCACCGUACUCUUUUCAUUCACAAUGGGAGUGUCCAAGUUCGAAUUUAACCAACCCCAACAGGAAAUCUCCUCGCAUGCCUGUUUGAGUAGUGGCAUGGUACCAUACGACCAAGUAUGCAGCGGCAGUCCAACUCUUUACUCGCAAUCCACACAGAGCUCCACAUACACGCAACAAACCUUGGCAAAGGUUGUCUCCUCCGGAAACUCCAUAUACAGCUUUGAAACGGUAGACACCCUACUGGACAAGAUUGUGUGCACAGAAAUGGCGUACGGCCACCGAAAUGUGGGUUUCGUCUUCUACGACAGCGAGUUCGCAGCUGGCGACGUCAGUUGCGAUGGACAUCCGGGGACGUUUGCCCGUAUGCGGUUUGUCAAGAAACACUUUGAAGAUCUCAUGCAAGGCGUUGCACCUCCCGCGUUCGAUUACACAAAAUGCAUAUUGUGAGCUGGAAAAUAAAGUGUUUACGACGAAC